AUGAUCGCCAGGGGCUGCGGCGGCAUCGCCAUCCUUUGGCUGCGCCUGUGCCGAGCGCGGCCCCGAGCGCGGCCCCGAGCCCGGCCCCGGCCCCUCCCGGCGCCCGCGGAGGACACACACGGCGCGGCCGCUCUCGCCGCCUCCUGUGCGGAUUCCCCGGCUCGGGCUCCUCCGCUCGGCAGCGCGGCCGCCGGCCCCGAGCCAGCGGCGUCCCGUUCGAAAGAGCGAACGCCUGCGGAUGCCGGGGCCGGGCCGCUGGAGAGGCGCUCGGGGGCCGUUGCUGGCCCCGGGCCGAGCGCUGACAGCCGCGUCUCGCCGGCAGGGAAGGCGCAGGACGCCCUGCAGGAGCGGUACCGAGUGGGUUCGCUGCUCGGGCGCGGCGGCUUCGGCCGCGUCUUCGCGGCCACGCGGCUCUCGGACGGCGCCCCGGUGAGCGGCGGGGCCGGCGACGGGCGCAGGAGGGAGGCGGUGGAGGAGGAGGAGGGGGCGGAGGAGAAGGAGGAUGGGGUGGCCAUUAAAAGGGUGCCACGGAACCGCAUCCGGCGCUGGGGCGAGCUGCCCAACGGCACCAGCGCACCAGUGGAGAUCGUGCUGCUGGAAAAGGUGUCCACUGGCUUCCCUGGCGUCAUCCAGCUGCUGGAGUGGCUUGAGCUCCCCAACAGCAUUGUGAUGGUGCUGGAGCGCCCGGAGCGGUGUCAGGACCUCCAGCAUUUUAUUCGAGCUCGGGGCUUCCUGACGGAGCAGGUGGCACGGGAGCUGUUCUGCCAGGUCCUGGAAGCCGUGCAGCACUGCACCAGCUGUGGAGUCUUUCACAGGGACAUCAAGCCAGAGAACAUCCUGGUUGACCUGGCCACCGGGCAGGCCAAGCUGAUUGACUUUGGCUGUGGCACCUACCUUCAAGAGACAGCCUACACUGAGUUUGCAGGAACACCAUCCUACAGCCCCCCGGAAUGGAGCCAGUUUGGGUGGUACCAUGGCGAGGCAGCAACCGUCUGGACCCUGGGCAUCCUGCUGCACCAGAUGGUGUGCGGAAAGCACCCUUUCAGGAGGGGCUGGAACAGGAGCUAUGGCCAGCUCCCGCUGCCACAGCGGCUCUCUCAUGACUGUCAAGUUCUCAUCAGGUGGUGUUUAUCCCCGCACUUCUUGGACAGGCCCUCACUAGAAGACCUGUUGUGUGAACCGUGGGUGCAGGAUAUUCAUCUGCCCUAGAAGAAGGGAGAGAGCCAUGUGCACACUUUG